AGCAAUUACUUCGACAGCGAGAAAAUUCAGCCAUGAUGUUGGCCGCAGUGAUACUUCUUAUUUUCUCCUCCCAAUCGCAGUCAGCCAUUGCGCAGUGCGACCAAGUCAUCUGCCCUCCAGCCGACUGCCCCAACCCGAUUCGCUUCGCCGGACAGUGCUGCGACAUCUGCAUCCCACCGCCUAGUGAGUUGCGAAAAACAUCAUCCGUGACUAUAUAGCACUGCAAUGAAAUGAGCAAGCCGCGCACGCAACGAUUAGAUAACCAAUCUUCGUUGACUUAUUGCGCAUUUUCCCCUUCAGCUCUGCAGCCAGAUGAUAGUUGCCUGUACCACGGGAUCCAGAUAGACAGUGGAGACAUAUUCAGACCUACAGACAUCAUCGAAGACUUUCAGAUGCACAACAACAGUGUACGAGACGAAUGCAUCGAAUGCAGAUGUGAGGUAAGUCAAUCGUUGAACUGAAUUUACACGAUAAAGUAUGUGGAGAAUAUUUUUCACGACAGAGAGGCGAUGUGAAUUGUUACGAUGCCUCGAACAAGUGUCCUGCUCUUGCAUGCAAUGACUCUGAUGCCACUUACGAACCAGGCAAAUGCUGCAAGCAAUGCCCAGUGACUCCCCCUACUCCUGUCUUUGGAGAAGGUUGCUACGAUUUCAACGGGCAGUUUAUUCUGGAAGGGGAAUGGUGGCACCCAACUCUACCUGAGUACGGCCUGGUUGAAUGUGUUAACUGCACUUGCACGAACUCUGUUCCACGGUGCCAGAGGCUGCCUUGCCCUGAGGUGCCUCCCUGUGGGCCCGACGAUCCCAUUGAAGAUGUCAUUGUCUGCUGCCCACGGUGCAGACCCAAUACCCCAACUCUUAACCCCUUCUGAUUCGCCUGUUAUCCUGAGUAACGACACGUCAAUGAACACAACUACCACCCCAGUAAUAACCCCCGACAUCACUCCCUGUGAAAGCCCCUUCAUCUACAAGAUCUACACCCAUGUCAAUUACGACACUUUGGCCCUUCACAACCUUGAAACGUCCACAGUGGAGAUCUAUAACUGGACGACUAUGGUGGGCUCUGAAGGCCCGGUGGUGGAAAGAGAUUUUUUCACACUCCAAAGUGACAGAAUUUGUUCAGUUAAGCAACGGAGAAUUCAUCUUCCAAGGCUGGACAAUCGACAGAAGAGUAAGAGGUCUCAUGAAUAAGCCCGCCAAAAGAGAAAGGAUUGAAGCCUGCACUGAAAUGUGUGCUAGCAUGGUCACCCAAAUGCUAAGACCAGUUGAAACACUCAGCGAAACUCUGGUUUGUGGGAAAAGGUAAUCCUGAAGUGGCUCCCAGACAGCAGGGUUGCUAUAUACAGGGACAAUUGUUAAAAAAUCGUCAUUCUCCUCACUUAUACAUGUUAAUUUAGUCUAAAUUUUCUUUAUGAGAGUAUUAUUGUAUCACAAGAUUUCAUAGGGCAAGAUCUGCCUAUUAUAUAUUAUUAUACUUCCUGCUUUUAAAGCCUGCUCUGUAACAUAUAAUGUGCAUUGAUAUUAUAUCAGAACCGAUCAUUAUUUUUCUCUAUUAGUCUACAUAUCUUGCUGUACGUCCAUUCGCUUUCGGAUAACGCCUGACUUAGAUCAAAAGGUCCCUGUUUUGUUCGGCAAAGUUUGCUCACAUGCGCCGCUGAGCCAACACUCUGCCCUAGAUCAUGGACUAUACUCCUGAUAUAAGUUCCGGAAGAGCAGUGGACCGAUAUUGUGAAAUAAGGUGGUUGAAAUUCCAUCAGCCUUGCAGAGUAGACAGUGACCUCCCGCUCGGCAGGAGUGAAAACAAUCCCUUUUCUUGCCAAAUCAGAUGACCUCUUCCCCUUGUGUUUGAGUGCAGAGUAAACUGGUGGCGUUUGAGAUAUUUUUCCAGUAAACUUAGUCCUCAGUGCCUCGGACAAGCCAGAAGCACUGACGUGUUUCCAUGCAGUUUCUUGUACGACUUCGCCGUCCAUGUCCAGAGUAUCUGUAGCCUCCCCGAGCUUUCCAACGCAUUCGUAGUACUUGUCAGAGCCCAGAAAAGCCGACAGCCUCUUGCAGUCUUCGCCCACGGCUAUUACCAGCACGCCUGAAGCUCCCUUAUCCAGAGUUCCUCCGUGUCCCACCUUGAUCUUCGACGAACCGCGCCUUUUCCCAGCGUCUGGGUCAGUUGUUAGAGCCUCUUUCACUAAUACUGCCUUUAUUAUGUUAGUGACUUUAGCAGAAGUAAUGCCUACUGGCUUUGCCACAGCAAAGAUGCCCCUCAUCAUCUUCACGAGAGCUUUGGUGUGCUCUAAUUAGGAAAAACAGUGAACCAGCCAGGCAGGAAGGCAUGUCUGAUUUAUACGGCCCAACGCUCCCUCCAGGCUUUACCGCAGCUCAGUCCGAAGAAGAUGCAACUACAGAGCAAAAGGCUUCUGUUCCAAAGCCUGAACUGCCCACAGAGAGUAAACGUGAAGACACUAGCAGUGGAGUUUACGGGCCUGCUUUACCCCCGGGAUUAGCCACAGGCUCUAGUACACGUCCUGGAACCGGAGAGGCAGCAUAUGGCCCGCUGAUCCCUAGUGGCUGUGACGUAAUAGAGCCAGACCGACAAAAACAACAAAGUGCUGUACCCUUGCUGUGUAGGGCAACAGCUGUCUACCACCUGUACCUUUAUGUUUUUUCCGUCUGUGAAGGGAGCGAUGAGGAGGAAGAGUUCGUUGUGGGGCCCCUACCCAUUUCGGUGGAAAACAAGGAAAAGCUUGAGAGAGAGCGGAGGAGAAGAGAUGUUGAAUCUCGAGCAGAGAAAAUGAUGGACCAUCUAUCAGGCAAAGACAAUAAAGAGUCAGAGGGUCCGACAAGAGAAGCGUGGAUGACAGAGUUACCACCAGAAGUCAAGGCAUUCGGACUUGGGGCAAGAAAAUUUCGAACGAGGGAUGUCAAACUGGGAGACAGGUCAGUGUGGACUGAUACCCCAGCGGACAGACUCAGAAAACAGCAGGAAUUUGCUGAGGGUAAAGUGAAAAGGGAGAAAAAAGAAGACACUACUCCAAAGUUUGUGUCUGAAAGAGAUGAAAAGCUGGCAGCAAAAGUUGAAGAUUAUAAUAAAUCGUGCCGGUCAGAAUCCCUGGUGGAGAUGCACAGAAAGAGAAGAGCAGAACAGAAUGAGGAGUCAAAAGGUUUAAGGCGCCCGUUCGAUCGCGAGGUGGACUUGAAACCCCCACAGAGCAUUGUGACUCCGGCCAAACGACAGGCACUCAUGAAGGACUCAGCUUCGUCCCUCAAAAACAAAUUUUCGCACGGCUCUCAGAGAUUCUUAUAAAAAUUUCCCUGUGCCUUACCAACAUUUUAAACAACCUACAUGUAUAUAUAAUGAUCAGCUUUGUCCCUGAAAAACAAGUUAUUGCACAGCUCUCAGAGAUUCUUAUAAAAAAUUUCGUUGUGCCUUAACAAAAUCAAUUAUUUUAAACAAGAGACACCUAAAUUUAUGAUUGUAGCUGAGAAAGUUUUGAGUGAGACCUAUUUGCUGGUUGUACUGAAGAAUGAUGCAGAUUUGACAGUUCUGUGAACAGGGAAGGCCGUGUGUGGAUUGAGCGGGAGACGAGAGAGAGAGUUGAAAAGCGAGAGUAGUUGCGCUGCGUGGUGAGUCGGGAUAAGAAACUUGACUCCCGCCCUGUCUGAAGCCUGAUCAGCUUCUUCUAAUUCAGGGUCACUCCAAUCAAGCGUCGGUGAAGCUGCUAGUUGAGCUACACCAAUAGAUUCUGCGCUGCUGCGUUUUUCACAGCUCUGCCGUAGAAAGUAUUCCACUUUGUGAAAACGUGGCAUCUCCGUCGGCUGCGUGGAAUUAGCGACGAUUUCAAUUUCGACUUCGUCCGGAUUGCUAGCCCCGGAGUCUCGCUCAUUGAGGCUGUGGUCACACACUGAAAACGUCUGCUGGAAGGUGUUUUUCGUCGAAUCGAGAAGAUAGAUCCUCUCGUGUGUGAGCAGUAGCAGUGCUGGGUUUGUCGUACCAUUUGGUGUAGUGUACCUGACUGGUGUGCUGAGCAAUAGAGGAACAUCUCCACCUAGUUUUCUGGCGCAGGCAGUAGAGCUGCACUGAAGGCUGAUUCUUGUCACUGAUCCGGUGAAAGACUGUACUACGACUGGCUUGUGAGAGAGUCUCUUUGCCAGCCCUGUCCCGUGCAUCAGACCUUGCCCGGUCUGUGAGACUAACUCCAUUACACCUCCGACCGGCUUGGUGACAGCCCCGAGUAAACCCUUCCCAACUCCUUUCAAGAUGCUCUGAGCAGCCACUGCUGGGCUCACGGGACCUUCAAUCUGAUGGUAGCUCUGCAUCGGUUGUUCCACUAUGCCAGCCACGGCACUCAUGAGACUCAGCCCAAGGCUGGAUGCACCGGACACCAGACCUCGCGUGAAGUGAGUUGCAGGUCUCUGCUGCCUCUGUUGAGUCUGGUAGGACACAUGGUGUGGGUCAAGGGACAAGCGCUCCAUGUUGUGAGAAAUACUAGACGCCAUACUGGUGACGGAGCCAAGUGCACCAGACGAGAAGUGUUGGAUGAAAGACAUUGUGCCCUGUCCAAUACCGAGCAAGAACCAGGUGGGGCUUCUAGUGAGGCCUUGGUAAGGCAGGGUCACCAGAUCUCUCAGACCACGACCCACAUUUUGGAUGAAAGUUCCCGGGCUCCCAAUCAGCUCCAGGGACCCCAAAAGCCAUCCUAUGUGAGCAAUCGUGGACAUGACAUAGCGAGAGGCAACCGUCUGCGAAACUUCAGUCCAGUUGGAGUAGAUGUUUCGCAGUUCAUAGCGGGAGAAACGGAACGGACUGUCGUUGCAAGACAAGAGGACACGCAGAGAGAUCCGGGCAUUGAGGUAGAAAGCGGCAGACUCAAUCACCAGCUUUGUCACAGCCAGUGGAAUGACAUCUCUUUCUGCCUCGGCUAAAACCAAUUUAGGAGUGACAGUACUUCCUUGUCGGUUCUUUCUCCCAGGUAAUGGAGUGCGCAGUACACCUGGGUUACUAUAGGAUGCGGCCACACAUUUCAAUCUGUUCAGAAGCUCGUCUUCGAGUUGGAGGGUCAGUGGCCGUAGUGAAAUGCGGAUCAACUCGAUCAGGUUUGGGCUGUGAGGACUGUAGUGGACCGAGAGACUGGCCAAUGGAGUGGGCUCAGAGUCGAUCAAGCUGGCUCGCCGGUGGUGGUGAGCUCUGGGUAUCACAGUAACUGCAAAGUCACCGCCGUCUCUCUCCAUCAUGUUGUUGAUGUGAAACGAAUCAACAGUGAGCUCCAAGGAACUUCCGCCACUUCCCACACCAUUACUGAACUGCAAAGAUGCUCCGUCAACGAUUACUUGGAGAAUCUCCUGAAUCAAUUCAAAGUCUUCUGUGGUUUCAUCAUCUAUACAGAUGACCAUUUGUUCCAGCCUCAAGUCUAUUGCCAUCUCAACCUUCACACUGCUUAUGGGGGAGUCAACUUCU